AUGAUGGAAAACCUAACGGCAGCCAGAAGCAUCGUGAGAACACGGCUGAGUCAAGUUCAGGAGAAACAAAAACGAGAUUACGACGCAAACCAUCGAGACGUCACAUUCCAGAAAGGAGACAAAGUGUUAGUCUACAAACCCAUAAGGAAGAAAGGAAAGUCAGACAAACUCCUCCAUAGAUGGGUUGGCCCAUUUAUCGUGGUACGCCAGACAACUCCGGUAAACUAUGAAGUGAAAUUGGUGAACGAGAAAACCAAGUCCGACAUCGUUCAUGUAGUCAGCAUGAAACCUUUCAAAGAAAUCGAAAACUGGCGAAACGAUACUAACAGCCAAACAGAAGCAGAGAAAAACAAUAGGCCACAUCAAGAAAUCACAGGCCAUCAGUCGGCCGAGACGCAGGCCCAGCCCCAAGUACAAAAGGAAGGGGUUGAAGUAAAAGAAUGUUCUAAUUCACAAAAAAGUCAACCAAGUAACACGACGCAACAGAAAAACCAACAAGAUGUCGUGAAAUUAUACGAUAAUAAUCAGAAGAGGACCACCGAACUACCACCGCGGAUACGCCGAAGACCUAGCUUUUUUAUGGCCGGAAUGAUUUACUUUCUAUCCCUCAUAAUACUAGGUAUUAUGGACAGCUCUACUGCAAUCAUGAUAAGAGACACCGUGCUCUUCAAGGAUCAACCUGGGAUUUCAAUCAGUGAAUCGUCAUGGACUAUCGUGGCAGAUGUGUUAUUACAAGACGCAGAAGAAGCAAUCGUAAUAGUAGAAAAACACCUUGAGGAAAUGUCCUCAUUAGCUGCCAAACACAGAAAAGAUGGAGCGAAUUUCGAAAAAAUGGACGCACAUACGGCUUGGAGAGACACAACCAGCUUCAUGGCGGCGGAUAAAAUAGAUAAAAAAGUGCUAUUAUUGAGCAGGGCCGUGAACAAUUCCAAAAACAGAGAAAUCGUACAUGUUUUGGAUAAACACGCGUCGAUUGUAAAUGAAACUUUACAGUUAACACGAGAGAACCUAGUUCUGCUACAAGAGCUUCAACAACAGUCCGCCAUCUUAAACAAGAGGGUAGAUUACAUUCUAGAUUACAUUCAAUCUUACGAAUUGGUCCACAUACAACAGGAACAAUACUUCGCAGAAUUGGACGCCACAUUUGACACGAUAGAACAUGUCAUACGUUGGCUUCAACAGCAAAUCGAAGAUUGGGAAAUCGGCUUAUCAACUUUAGCAAGUGGCCACAUAUCCCCACAGAUGUUUCCGCCCACGGAACUACAACGGGUAAUAAAAGAGAUCAACAAUAAUUUACCCCUCGGAUGGACGAUACCUUCAGAAGAACUUUGGGUAAUAUACCGGGAAGCACGGGUAUCAGUAGCAGCAAUCCACAAUAAAUUCCGCCUAUUUAUUGAGAUCCCCAUUUACGACCAUGCUCAACAGUUUAAUUUAUUCCAAAUCAUCAAACUUUCUAAACCAACAGCUAACGGCACGCACGGAGUGCGUUUUACCAAUUUACCAGAAUAUUUAGCAGUAUCACCAGAUCUAGAUACAUUCAUCGAACUAUCAGAUCUCGAAAUGCUUAACUGUCGCCAGUUAGAUAAACAACUUUGCAAAUUUCAUACUGGAUUUGCCAAAAGAGGGAAAAAGAAGUCAUGUGCCAUUGCCUUAUUCACAAACGACGAAACACAAGCAAACGCCUGCUGCCAAACGCAAUUCACACAGUGGAAUGGCCCGGAGAUAGCGUACUUAGGACAAAAUCGUUGGGCAUUUUCGACGUCAGGCCCGCAUGACGUCGUUUUUUCGUGCCCACCGGAUAGUAAACACUUACCACCACAACGCCUCCAGCUACCAGCCAUAGGCUACUUUGAGGUGCCACCGGGUUGUACAGCACGCACGGAGGAUUGGAUAUUCCCCGCAAGUCUGGAGGGUAGCUCCACGGCAGCCGCCGUAUCAAUCAAAAUGCCCGACUUUGCGGAAUUCCGACAAAACAUUACAAGCCAAAAAACGGCAACAGUCGUUCAAUUCCCUUCAUUAAAUACUUCUCAUUUCAAUCAGGUGAGCAAACACUUGCUCCAACAGGAAAAAUUGCAAUCAACAGCCGCUAUGACACACAAUCAAAUAAUGAAACUUCUAGACUCCCCCUUUCAACAAAUUGCAACAACGCUACUUAUCCGUUUGAAUGGAUAG